AUGACGAAUAAAUCCGAAAAUAACAAUUCGAAUUCUCCUCCCAAUACCGCCAAAGUGUCUUCCCCAAUCCUUAUUCCCCGCACCGUCUCUUACGACGUUGGUACAAAUCCUCCAAGACGGGGAGGUACCACCUAUCUCGAUAUGGGUGAUUCUAAGUCAGCUAGGAGGCGGAGAUCGAGCAGCAUCCUUCAGAUAUAUCAGGAACCUCAAGAGCCGAUAGAGCAGUUGAACGACCAGUCCACUCUCCCGAAUCUCAAUGCGAACUGGGUCAACGCUAAAGGGGCGUGGACCAUCCACAUUGUUCUGAUCGUUGCGCUCAAGAUUCUCUGGGAUGUUAUACCCGGUGUCUCCCAGGAGACGUCCUGGACCUUGACCAAUAUUUCCUAUAUGUUCGGCUCCUACAUUAUGUUCCACUAUGUUCGCGGUGUACCUUUCGACUUCAAUAGCGGCGCAUAUGACAAUUUGAAUAUGUGGGAACAAAUCGACGAUGGCGCACAGUACACCCCCGCCAAGAAAUUCUUGCUUAGCGUUCCUAUUGUGCUCUUUCUCCUAAACGUACUAAUAUACCAUCUUAUAGAGUCAUCGCAUGAGAGUCGGCCUAUUUUCCGGUGGAGAGUUACCCGGUACUCUGAAUUUCAAUCACUUUCUCUUCCCGAACCUAUCAAAGAUUACCAUAAUCGAAUCUUUACGGAGCGCGAUGACUCCAAUUAUAUGAUCUCAGCCUUCCAGUCUCAGGCCCUUAUCUUCUUGGCUCGAGCCAUUGGCGCUAAACGAGUCCUUGAGAUUGGUGUUUACGUUGGGUACUCGGCUAUGGUUUGGAGUCACGCUGUCGGCCCUCAGGGUAAAGUUACUGGCCUCGAGUACAGCGAAGAGUAUGCCAAGUUGGCACAGGAAGCUUGGAAGGAUCGAGGUUACGAGAAUAUCGAUGUACAUGUCGGUCCUGCCGCUGAGACGCUCACUAAGCUCGCUGAUAUAAGUGAACCUUAUGAUAUCAUCUUCAUUGAUGCAGAUAAGACGGGCUAUAGCGGCUACCUACGCCAGAUCCUAGAGAUGUCGGCACCGGGUGCUAAGAAUCGACUCCUCCGCCCGGUGGCCAUCAUUGCGGCGGACAACACACUACGCCAAGGCUUAGUUGCUGAUCCUAGUGAGAGCAACCCAUGGCGACCCGCCGACUUCGAUAACCCUGAGUCCUUCCAGGCCAUCGCUGUAGCUGCCAUUAGCGAGUACAACGAUCUCGCGGGUGAUAACGACCGUUUAGAGACAUUUCUCAUCCCUCUUUGGGACGGCCUUCACUUGUCCAGACUGGUGGACUAA